GAGAUUAUUUCCACCACACGGUUCUCGCCCUCAACGCCAUCGUCACUUUGCGAUGCCGCUCGUUGACAAUCCUCAGAUAAAGGCUGCGAGCCUGCACAAUCCACUGCCGCUGCAGCUCCAUGCCUAUGUGUGGCCGUUUCUGAUCAUUUGGCCCGCCUUCCUCUCGGUCUACCUUUCCAAGGAGCGCUAUGAAACGUACAUACAAUCUUACGAGUGGACCUACCUCUGGGUCGGCACUAUUCUUACCAUACAGACACUAAUAUGGUUGACGACGCACUGGAAUGUAGAUCUCCGCUCCGCCUUUACCUCGACUACCGCCCGCGACGUUCGUACCGCACAGCUCAUCAAAGUCAUUCCAGUGGCGAAUGCAGGCACCGCCGAGAUCUGUCCCCUGAAGCGCGAUAAUGUUGGAGGAAAGCAGAACAUCUCCUUUCUUUUUCAGAAACGCCGUUUCCUGUACGAUUUCGAGAAAGGCAGCUUCGCCACGCUCUCCUACGCCGUCGACGCCGAACCGAAACCGCAAUUACACGUGUUCCAAAAUGCAAAGGGGCUGACGACACCGGCUGAGAUUGAGCGCCUACAACAACACUAUGGCGAUAAUAGCUUCGAUAUCCCGGUCCCGACCUUUACGGAGUUGUUCAAGGAACAUGCUGUGGCGCCGUUCUUCGUAUUCCAGGUGUUCUGUGUGGGCCUUUGGAUGCUAGACGACUACUGGUACUACUCGCUCUUUACUCUGUUCAUGCUGGUCAUGUUUGAGAGCACAGUCGUGUGGCAACGCCAGAGGACACUUAACGAGUUCCGCGGAAUGAGCAUCAAGCCUUACGAUCUGUUGGUGUACAGGCAGAAGAAGUGGCAAGAAAUUCAAAGCGACAAACUGCUUCCGGGCGAUGUCGUAAGCGUUGGAAGAACGAAGGAAGAUUCGGGAGUUGCAUGCGAUAUGAUUUUGAUUGAAGGGACCGCAAUCGUCAACGAAGCUAUGCUUUCGGGAGAGAGUACACCCGUCCUCAAGGAGUCGAUCCAGCUGCGGCCGGGUGAUGCUCGUAUCGAGCCGGAGGGUCUGGACAAGAAUGCCUUUCUAUGGGGAGGAACCAAGGUGCUCCAGGUGACCCACGGCACCGCUGCGGAGGAUGGCUAUAGCGCCGCGGCCAAACUCCCUUCUGGACUUCCACCACCUCCGGACAAGGGCGCAAUCGCUGUCGUCAUUAAGACCGGAUUUGAAACCAGCCAAGGAAGUCUCGUCAGGACCAUGAUCUACUCUACCGAACGCGUAUCUGCCAAUAACGUGGAGGCGCUGCUAUUCAUUCUCUUCCUCUGUAUUUUCGCCAUCGCCGCGUCCUGGUAUGUCUGGCAGGAGGGCGUCAAGCAAGACAGGAACCGGUACAAGCUUAUGUUGGACUGUGUCUUGAUUGUUACUAGCGUCGUUCCUCCGGAACUCCCCAUGGAGCUGAGCUUGGCCGUCAAUACCAGUCUUGCUGCGCUCAGCAAGCACGCCAUUUUCUGUACCGAGCCAUUCCGCAUCCCGUACGCCGGCCGAGUCGAUGUUGCCUGUUUCGAUAAGACCGGUACUUUGACUGGCGAGGACCUGGUUGUUGACGGUAUCGCCGGGCUUACUCUCGGCCAGCACGGUGUGAAACUUGGACCAGACGGGGCGCACGUCGACCUCUGCCCUGUCAACGAAGUGGGCACAGAAACUACCUUGGUUCUGGCUACUGCUCACGCACUUGUCAAAUUGGAUGAAGGGGAAAUUGUUGGCGAGCCCAUGGAGAAGGCGACGCUUGCCUCACUAGGAUGGACGCUUGGAGCCCAUGAUACCUUGACGACGAAGAAAGGUUCGAGCAAGUCAAGAGCUGAGCUUGUGCAAAUUCGCCGCCGCUUCCAGUUCUCUUCCGCCCUUAAGCGCCAGAGCUCUGUUGCUACUGUUAUCGUCAACGACAAGGCCGCCAAGCGGAAGAUCACCAGCACCUUCGUCGGCGUCAAGGGAGCACCAGAAACCAUCCAGAAGAUGUUGGUCAAGGUACCGGAAAGCUAUGAGGAGACGUUCAAGCACUAUACACGGAACGGCGGUCGUGUGCUCGCUCUAGCGUAUAAGUUUCUGCUCGAGGAUGGUCAGCUCGGCAUGAACCGCAUCAACGAUCUCAAACGAGAGCAGGUUGAAAGCGAUCUGCACUUUGCUGGGUUCCUCGUCUUGCAAUGUCCGCUAAAGGAUGAUGCUGUUCAGGCUGUCCGCAUGUUGAAUGAGUCCAGUCACCGGGUCAUUAUGAUUACUGGAGACAAUCCUCUCACUGCUGUGCAUGUGGCCCGGCAAGUGGAAAUCGUCGAUAGAGAGUGCCUCAUUCUGGAUGCUCCGGAGCAUGAUGACUCUGGUGAGAAGCUCGUCUGGCGCAGCGUGGAUGAUAAAGUCAGCAUUCCUGUUGACCCUACCCAGCCCUUGGAUCGUGAGAUUCUCGAGUCAAAGGACAUCUGCGUCACUGGUUAUGCCUGCAACAAGUUCAAGGAUCAAGUCGGCUGGAAGCAGCUCCUGCGUCAUACCUGGGUCUACGCGCGGGUAUCUCCAAAGCAGAAAGAGGAUAUCCUUCUCGGUCUCAAGGACUGUGGAUACACCACUCUCAUGUGUGGAGACGGUACAAAUGACGUUGGCGCACUCAAACAGGCCCACGUCGGUGUGGCUCUUCUUAACGGCACGCGCGAGGAUCUGGAUAGAAUCGCCGAACAUUUCCGUAAUACCAAGAUGAAGGAAGUGUAUGAGAAACAGGUCCAACUCAUGAAGCGGUUCAAUCAGCCUCAGCCGCCUGUUCCGGUCAUGAUCGCGCAUCUCUACCCUCCCGGCCCCAGCAAUCCUCACUACGAGAAGGCGAUGCAACAGCAAGCGGAGAAGAAAGGAAUUGCGCCCCCUGCAGCCAACGGCAUGCAGGUCGCUACUGCCAACGGAACUGCAAGCCAACCGAAGAACGCACAGCAAGCCGCCGCUGGCCUUGCAGACUCGCUUACACAGAAGAUGAUGGAGUCUGAGUUGUCGGAACUUGACAAUGAGCCGCCGACUAUCAAACUUGGUGAUGCUUCCGUGGCAGCUCCGUUCACCUCCAAGUUGGCCAACGUCAUCGCGAUUCCGAACAUCAUUAGACAGGGUCGGUGCACAUUGGUUGCCACCAUUCAGAUGUACAAGAUAUUGGCGUUGAACUGUUUGAUCUCUGCAUACAGUCUUUCCGUCCUUUAUCUCGAUGGUAUCAAGUUUGGGGACGGACAGGUCACUAUCUCUGGUAUGAUGAUGAGUGUCUGUUUCCUGUCCAUUUCUCGCGCAAAGUCUGUCGAAGCCCUCUCCAAAGAACGUCCACAGCAUAACAUCUUCAACUUCUACAUCAUCGGCUCCGUUCUUGGCCAAUUCGCCAUCCACAUCGCCACGCUCAUCUACGUCUCUCAGUAUGUUCAACGCACCGACCCUGUCAUACGCCAUAAGGUCGACCUUGAGAAGGAGUUCGAGCCCUCCCUGCUCAACUCAGCCAUCUAUCUCCUCCAACUCAUCCAGCAAAUCUCCACCUUUGCGAUCAACUACCAAGGCCGUCCCUUCCGUGAAAGCAUACGCGAAAACAGAGGCAUGUACUGGGGUCUCGUCCUCGUCUCCGGCGUCGCCUUCUCCUGCGCAACCGAGUUCAUCCCGGAAAUCAACGAGAAGUUGAAGCUCGUUCCGUUCACCAGCGAGUUCAAGUUGAUGCUUACUAGUAUGAUGGUGUUGGAUUAUGCCGGAUGCUGGAUCGUGGAGAAGACGCUCAAGUGGGCGUUUGCGGAUAACAAGCCCAAGGAUAUCGCGCUCAGGAGACCGGAUCAGUUGAAGAGGGAGGAGGAACGGAAGAAGGAGGAGGAGAGAGAGGCGCAGAGGAAGAGGAACGAGGAGGAGGAGAAGAAGUUUGUGCAGAUUAAGGCGUAGGGUGUGUUUUUUGUAUAUGAAUGGGAUUAUGCAGAUUUCUGAUUGUGUGGUUAUAGAUUUAGGAUGUUUGUUUACUUCGAAGGUGUCUGAAAUAGAUGCAUUCGUUACUUUCUCUGUUCGACGUGGAAAAUGAAGGGGGCUCUGCUCGAUGUUGUGGCAUUCUUGAAAGUGUAUUGGAUGAUAUACACCGCGGUCUUUGCGCCGAGGGCAUUAAGCAGAUUCCACGUUGAGCGCUU